CCAGCCCAGCCCAGACCAACCCAACCCGACUCCAUCAUGAUAUUGAAUGAUUCGUUGUAUCGUAGCUCCAUCCUCUCCGACUCUGAGCUUCCUCUCCUCUCCCCGCUUCCAGCCACCUUAAGUGUAGCACCGCUUGAAUUGUUCUGGGGGAAAAUGCAUCCGCCUUUAACCAUAUACAAGCACCCAAUGUGUGCAGAAAUUAUUAAGGCGUUCCAAAAAUGUCAUUCAGACCAUCCUGUUGGAAAAUUCUUUGGUGAAUGUACAGAACUCAAGAUAAAACUUGACCGCUGUUUCAGGCAAGAAGUGAGCUCAAAAGUUGUGAAGCGGAAGAAAAACUUAGAGAAGAGCAGGAAACUGAGGGAAACACUACAAGCUUACAGGAAGGAAACCGCUGAGGGAGGCAAUUAAGAGAACUUCAUGCAAGCUUAACUAUGAAGUUGGAGUUGAAAACCCUAAACCCCCCUUUUUGUGAUUCAAAGAUUUGUUUCCAGCCUUGCCCGUAAAAUAUUACAUGGCACAUUCAUAGACGAGGGGAUAUGUCAAAAUCUCCAACAUUUCAUACUGCCAUCUCUUAAUUGUGUUGAUCCAUUUUCAUUAAGUUCGCUGUAGUAAUAAUUUGUUAACCAAACAGAUCCAUAUAGAAUGAUGCUUUGAAAGGAAACAAAGUUAUAUUUUGA